AUGAGCACUGGAAAUCUGGGAAAAAAUUUGCAUGUAGAUGUAUCACAGAGGCCAGCUUAUACAUCACGACCUGCAAUGUCUCAUGGUCUUCUUGGUGCGCAAUAUGUAACGCAACACAUGAUGAUUGACGAUAAUUGGAGUAUUCAGCAAUUGAUCGAUCAAUUCGAUGAUGUAAAAAGAGUGAUGAAAACCCAUGAAACAAUUAAACAGAUACAGAAGAGAGCCGUAACAUUUCGGGUAGAUAAAGUAAUCAGAAAGUUGCGGACUCAAGUGCACAAUGGUCGCCUCUUGUUAAAUCUUCAUAGAUAUCAUACUAAUAAACAAGUAAUGCAGUAUUUAGAAGGUGAUAAAGCAAAAACUCGUCUUUAUCAAAAACUACCACUGCAUGAGAUCAGUGAAUCAAUUGAUCACCAGACUUUUGUCAUGCGGAAAGAACAUGAUCGUUUAAUGUUUCGGAAAGAAAAGUUAGAAGAAAAAUUACAUACGUUACUGUAUGAAAAAGCUACAUUAGAAAAUCACACAUUGUUUCAAACAUAUUAUGAAAUUGAAGAGGGGAAAAAGAAGGCAGCAUUUAAGAAGAAACUUGCAGCUUCUGCGAUCAGAUUGAAAGCGGCGCAAACAAUAAAUUCGACUUAUAAGAAAAUAAUUGAAGUGCUUUUGAAAGAUGCAACCUACUACGACGUAAUAAUUCGGUCAUUGGUAGAUGAUAUUAAAGAUCAAGAUAAUUAUGUUAAUUAUAUACUCGAUGUUGGUAAACCGGCUUUUGCACUGUUCCGUGUCUUAAGCCUUAACUACGUAAAACGACGCGAUAAAGUUCAGAAAACGUUGCGAAAAUUCAAUGAGAGCUUACAGAGGAAUACGAUAAAACUACGAAGAGGAAGUAGUGGAUUUUUGGAAGCAAAUGCUACUAAGAAUUUGGAUGUAUUUAAUAUUAGGGAACGUUACGAACGUUCUUCGCAAAGUAUGCGCGCGAUGGAAAAACACUUGGAGAUAGUUACCAACAUGAUUAGAGACUUAAAAACAGCUACGCUGACUUCAAACUCAACAAAAAUUUAUAAAACGAUAAAGAAUCAACAACCAAUUAAUAGAUUUAUGCAUAAAGAGAUUCAAUUGGAUGACUUGCGAUACAAAACAAUGAUAAUCAAGAAAGAAAUUAACGAAACCGCAAGAGUUAUUAUCUAUCAUAAUUUCAAUGUUCCCCAGAUGAACAUGGGUCGCAAAGCAUGGCUAUUAAAAGCUGCCAUAGAAGGUCAAGAUAUGUACGGAGCCCGGAUCAGUAAGCACAUGAAAGAACGUUCAAAAUUAUUUGUACUGAUACGGUUUACUCUUUUUCAUUUAUUUGAUAUGUUGCGUGUUGUAAACGCACCCAUUCCAAGGCCAAUAUUGAACUAUCCGAACGCGGACUUGGAAUUGCCAUUACUAAGAUUUGAGCAAUCUUUGAUGUUUCGUCCUCCAGCGGCUUUCGAAGAAAAUCUUGAGAGACUGAUGGCUGUUAUUAAAAAAAAAUUAGCCAUUUUGAUGAAAAGAUUUAUCGGACUGAGAUUGAAUGAGAAGACUAUAGAAAAGUUUAAUGUUAUUUAUCGUAAAACUCUUGUGGCAACAAGUAACGUUGAUGAGGAUGAUGAUCUCAUUAUGUUCGAGCCUCAUGGUAAAGGUGAAGAUGUUGAAACAGAGGACGAAGGCGAUUUAGGCAAAAGCUGGGCCAAUGUACCAAACCGUCAAAGAAUUAAACAGAUUAGCGCUAAAGUUCUUGAAGAAAAUCUAAAAAGGCCCUUAGUAGACGAAGACUAA